AUGGCUUCUCGGCAUGGACAGGAGUGCAGAACUCAGCCAUCUGUACAAUACACGCGGAACAUGAGCGAGGUUCCAAAGAACGAUGGGGAUUUAAUUGCAGCUCUAUAUGCAGGCAUUUCAGCAGUUUUCAGCGACCAUCAGACCGCAGUAGUCGCCGUCGCUAUUCGUGACUGCACUUACCUCCUCGAUUUCUCUGUCGCUACGAUCGAGCUCAAUGGAGACUUACAGGAAGGUAAAGACUGUAUUGCGGACUAUAUACUACGUGAAUUGGGGACCUAUGGACGGCAAAACAUGAGCAAAUACAUUGGUGCUGGAGUGCCAUGUGAUUUACUCAAGAAGAGUCCAACACUUGGCUCUAGAUUAUGGCUUGAGCUCGAUAUCGUUCCUAUCUCGAUCGAACCUGAAGCGAAGAAGGGUAAGAAAGAAACUUGUUUUUGGAAUGUCAAAUUUGUCGAUGAGCAGGCGGAUUCGAUGGCUAGGAAAUGUAUUUUGUAUUUCGGCCCAACAAUGACAGCGAUUUUGCAAGUAGGGUACCGAGGCAUCGUGGAAGUUGAUGCAGGUUACAAAGCACCUCUACUCACGUUAGACAACUACAAAAGCACAUGCGGCUCACAUACAUGGGAUGCAAUGCUUAAGUUCGUUACUUCAUUGAAGAGAAAGGGAACAAAAAUUGCGUUCUUUAGCAGCACUCCUCAAGGGGGCGGAGUUGCUUUGAUGAGACACGCUCUUAUCAGACUAGCAAGACAACUGGGGGUCGAUUUGAAGUGGUACGUACCAAAACCUAAACCGGGUGUAUUUCGCAUCACCAAAACAGUCCACAACAUACUACAAGGAGUUAGCGACAAAGACGAGCGAAUCAGCAGCGAAGACAAAAAGACGUUAUCAGAUUGGAUCCAGGACAAUGCCAAUAGAUAUUGGCUAUCAGAAGGGGGACCACUUAGGCCUCCUGAAGAAGGAGGCGCUGAUGUCAUUGAUGACCCUCAAAUGCCAUGUCUCAUUCCGCUCAUCAAGAAUUUGACACCAAACAGACCCGUCCUCUUUAGAAGUCAUAUCCAAAUUCGGAGUGACUUGAUUAGCAAAGAGGGGACGCCGCAAGCGGACACCUGGCAAUUUCUUUGGUCGAAUAUCCAGCUGGCAGACAUGUUCAUCAGCCAUCCAAUUCCUGAGUUUGUUCCGAGUAACGUGCCAAAUGCCAAAGUUGCUUAUCUCCCUGCAACCACGGAUUGGCUCGAUGGACUGAACAAACCUCUCGAUGAAUGGAAUAUGGGUUAUUACAGGAAUUUGUACAACCAACAAUGCCAUACCGUUGGAAUGACGGAAUUGAAGUGGCCGUCUAAGAAAUACAUAAUUCAGAUAGCUAGAUUCGACCCCGCAAAAGGAAUACCAGAUGCCAUAGCGGCCUUUGGGGAAUUCUGCCACCUCCUAUCAAAACACCACCCAACUAUUGAAGUUCCGCAGCUCAUAAUAUGUGGCAACGGCUCAGUCGACGACCCCGACGGAACAAAAGUCUACUCCCAGACAAUGAACAACCUCAAAACCAAUUUCCCCUCACUCCUCCCCUCAGUCUCCGUCAUGCGUCUAACCCCCAACGACCAGCUUCUCAACACGCUCCUCUCAUCCUCGCACGUUGCCCUCCAGCUCUCCAACCGCGAAGGCUUCGAAGUGAAAGUCUCCGAGGCAAUCCACAAAGGCAUCCCCGUCAUCGCCACGAAGAGCGGCGGCAUACCCCUCCAAGUCCAGCACGGCAAGAAUGGACUCCUAGUCGAAGCGGGCGAUAGCAAGGCGGUUGCUGGAUAUCUGCUGCAGUUGUGGACGGAUGGGGAGAUGUAUGGGAGGAUGAGCGGGUAUGCGAGGGGGAGUGUUAGUGAUGAGGUUGGGACGGUGGGAAAUGCGUUGGCGUGGUUUUAUUUGGUGGAUCAGUGGGGGAAUGGGGACGGGGUUGUGCCGGGUGGGAGGUGGGUUAAUGAUUUAGCUAGGGAGGAGGCGGGGGUUUCUUAUGUGGAGGGGGAGAAUAGAUUGCCUAGGUUUUGA